GCUACAACUGUCAACAAUUGAUAGUGCUUCAUGUUUGAACGCUGGCUAAAAUAAUAUAAUUAAAGUAUUAAUCUGGCUUUAAACGUUUAAACGUUUACAUGCCGACAACCGCAUUGUCAGCCCGGUCAGGUGACCAGAGGUGCCGAGAUGGAUCGCAAUAAUGACGUGAAGAUUCUUCUGAAGAACUGGGAACAGAAGUUCCUGAAAGAACACAAGAGGAAACCGAAUAAGGAGGACAUCGAUGGAGCCCCAGAGGAGACCAGGAAGCUUUAUAAAGAGUACAAGAGUCUGAAGCUUAACAAGGAGAACCAGAACCAGGAGCAUGGACCCCAAACCCAGCCCCAAACCCAGCCCCAAACCCAGCCUCAGCCCCAGCCCCAGCCCCAGCCUCAGCCUGCAGCAGAGAAGGAGACAGACAGCUGGGGGUCCUUCCUGAACCGUGGCAGCCUGCCGGCGUCUGCCCCCUCCCUCACCCCCCAGGACCGCGAGUCCCUCCAGGCCUCUGCCCAGUACUAUGGCAUGAAGCUCAAGACCAACCUGGGAGGCCUCAUCAAGGAGAGACCUGUGUCUCUGAGGAAGAGCCUGACUCCUGGUCGUACUCCUGGUCGUACUCCUGGUCUUGGUCUUGGUCUCAGUCCUGGUCCUAGUUCUGGUCGUAGUCCUGGUCCUGGUCUCGGUUCUUGUCGUAGUCCUGGUCCUCGUCUUGGUCCUGGUCUUGGUUCUUGUCAUAGUCCUGGUCUUGGUCCUGGUCGUAGUCCUGGUCCUCGUCUUGGUUCUGGUCCUGGUCUUAGUCUCACUCCCUUAAAAUCCUGGAAGGAGCAUCAUCCAGGCCAGGGCAGUCCCAGUCCUAUAGCCUCACCCUGGGCCAAGACCAGCUCUGAUGCCCCCCUACUUCAGCCAGUCAACACCUCCUUGCCCUCCCAACAGCAACCAGAAGAACCUAUUGAACCGCUACCUCUAUUCCAACCCCCCAGCCCAGCCCCCUCUCCUACAUUAGACGGACCAGGGGAGUGGGGCCAAUGGGCUGGUCGUGGUGGGGGCGGGCCCCCGCUGCUACGGCCCUCCCUCAGCUGCAGGCUGUCUGAUGUGGACCGUGGCUGGCUGCAGCGCUGUCAGGUGUUCAAGGAGGUGGAGGAUGGAGAGGAGCCUGUGGUGGGCAACCUUAGUCAACUGUGCUCCUCCCCCACUCGGUCUGCACUUAGCUCCACCCAGGCCGGCGGCACCACAGCCUGUACACUUAGCUCCACCCAGGCCGGCGGCACCACUACCUCUACACUUAGCUCCAUCCAGGCCGGCGACAUCACAGCCUCUGCACUUAGCUCCACCCAGGCCGGCAGAGCUGCAGAGGAGGCAGAUGGAGCGAAGCCAGGAGAGCAACAGGUUCAAAUAGCAAACAUUUCCCCCAGCAACAACAGGAAACCACCCACCACCUCAAGGAAGACUGACAGAUGGGAGGAGGAGGAGGGGGGGCAGGAGGGGGGAGGGCUGAAGCCCGACGGGGAACCAUCUGGGCAGGAUGGGAGGGCUGGAAAGAAGAAGGGAAGGAAGAGAAGGAGGGAAGCCGAGGAGGAGAGAGAGACGGCGGAGGAGGCAGGUGACGAAGGGGAGGAGGGGAAGAAGAAGAAGAGGAGGAGGACCAGGAAGACCGAGGAUCCACCAGGGGAAGGAGCCAAACCAGCCGCAAGGGGAGGAGCCAAACCAGCCGCAAGGCUGAAAAAGAAGACAGGAGGAGAUGUGAGCGAGGAGGACGCCACGGAGAAGGUAGAACCCAAGGUUCCCCGCAAGGUUCCCCAGGAGAACCUGCUGGGGGAGGUGGAUGAGGAGGACGUCAGAGCGAUCAGAAACCGCGUGAGCCAGCCAGUCAAACCCAGGCCGAACUCGGAGGGGAACUUUGUGAGGAUCAACCUGAAGAAGAAGUCCCAUGUGAAGGGCUUUGCUCUGAGAGGGGCAGUUCUACGCAAGCAGAUGUACAUGCAGAAGUUCCAGCUGAAGGGCGAGCGGUUUGGAGGAGUGACGGGGCGGGGCAGAGGAAAGUUCUCUGGGUUCAGUCGUCAAGGCGACAGCUGCUUCAAGUGUGGAGGGACGGGCCACUGGUCCAGGGACUGCCGUGGGCCGGCCCCUCCCCCCGUGGCAGCGGCGGCGGAUGCGGAGCCUGUGGAGGAGGAGCCCUUCCUGCUGCCCACCCUGGAGGAGGUUGCCAGGGCGACGGGGACCCUGCGCACGGAGCCGCUCGUGCCCCCCAGUGUCGGGGAGCAGCAUGAGGAAGGGGAGGUUCUGCUCAACGUCAUCAGACCAGAUUACGAGCGGCCGGCCCCCCCUCCCCCUGUGGAGCCCCUCUACAGCCUGGGGGAGGACGGGCAGGUGCAGGCGGCCCCUCCGGAGGUGUAUGAUGCUCUGAAGAUGUUGGGGUACCAGAGCUUCAGACCAGGACAGGAGAGCUCCAUCAUGAGGAUCCUGUCAGGUCAGUCCACCCUCGUGGUGUUGUCUACAGGGAUGGGGAAGUCUCUGUGCUACCAGCUGCCUGCGCUGCUCUACGCCCAGCGCUCCACCUGCAUCACACUGGUGGUGUCCCCUCUGGUCUCUCUCAUGGACGACCAGCUGUCUGGUCUACCAGGCAACCUGAAGGCAGCAUGCAUCCACUCCAACAUGUCCCAGAAACAGAGAGAUGCAGCCAUAGAAAAGGUGAAGGCUGGCGAGGUGCAUGUGUUGCUGCUGUCUCCAGAGGCCCUGGUGGGCGGGCACAGCCUGCCCCCCGCCGAGCUGCUGCCCCCGGUGGCCUUCGCCUGCAUCGACGAGGCCCACUGCGUCUCUGAGUGGUCCCACAACUUCAGACCCUGCUACCUCCGCCUCUGCAAGGUCCUGAGGGAUCGUCUGGGCGUGCGCUGCCUGCUGGGUCUGACGGCCACCGCCACGCUCUCCACUGCGCAGGACAUCGCGCGCCACCUCGACAUCUCCGACCGCGACGGCAUCUCCAUCCGCUCCGACGCCGUGCCCAACAACCUGCUGCUCUCUGUAUCCACCGACCGCGACAAGGACCAGGCCCUGGUGUGUCUGCUGAAGGGGGAGCGCUUUGGCUGUCUGGACUCCAUCAUCGUGUACUGCACCCGGCGGGAGGAGACGGGCCGCAUCGCUGCACUGCUCAGGACCUGCCUGCAGGGGGUGCUGCUGAGGGAGGCAGCCAAGACCACCAGCCUGGAGCAUAACCCUGUGGAGAAGAAGAAGAAAGCUCUGGCCAGGAAGAAGAUUCGUAAGCCUCUGAAGUGGAUGGCAGAGUCGUACCACGCAGGCAUGUCGGCUAGCGAGCGCCGCCGCGUCCAGAACAACUUCAUGUGUGGCCAGCUGCGCGUGGUAGUUGCCACGGUAGCUUUCGGAAUGGGGCUGGACAAGUCGGACGUGCGCGGCAUUGUGCACUACAACAUGCCCAAGAGCUUUGAGAGCUACGUGCAGGAGAUCGGCAGGGCGGGGCGAGACGGCCAUCCAGCUCACUGUCACCUCUUCCUAGACCCGGAGGGCGGAGACCUCCAUGAGCUGAGGAGACACAUCUACUCUGACACGGUGGACUACUACUCCAUCAAGAGGCUGGUGCAGAAGACCUUCCCCGCUUGCAAAUGUCGACAGAUUCACCGCAAGCAGCAAGAGAUCGCCAGGGAUGUUGAGGACAGAGAGCUGGUGGAGAUGAUGGACAUGUGUGACCAGGCAGUAGAGGAACUCCCCCCCGCGGGGCAGGAGGAGCCGUCCAGUCAGCCUGCUGAGGACAAAGGUGGACCAGCCCAUCUCCCACCAGACGGGGGACCAAGGGCGGAGGAGUCCGGGGAUGAUCCUCUAAAGAACCAGGAAGCGGAGCAUGCAGAGCAAGAUGUUGAUAGGUCAAAGGUGGUGGAAGAGGAAGCAUGCAGAGGGGCUGAUUGGCCGAGCGCAAGAGUGUGUCACACCCAUGAGAGGGCCAUCCCCAUAGCGGAGACGGUAGAGACUCUGGACAUCACAGAGGAGGGCCUGGAGACUCUGCUCUGCUACCUGGAGCUGCAUCCUCAGCAGUGGGUGGAGCUUCUUCACCCCACGCUGUCCUCCUGUAGGCUGGUGUGCUACGGAGGACCCGCCCACUUACGCACACUCACCAAGAUCUGCCCUCCAGUUGCCGUGGUUUUGGCAAGGAAGCGCAUUGCAGGUGAGCGUGUGGAGGCUUAUGAUUCGGUGGAGUUUGAUGUCGUCGAGGUAGCUGACACUAUGGGAUGGCAGCUGCCCCUGGUGAAGAGAGGAAUCCGACAGCUGCAAUGGAGCGGUUCCGGUCGGGGCGGAGUCCUGGUGGAGUUCUCCAAGCUCUCCUUCCACUUCCGUUCCUAUGGCGACCUGCUUCCUGAGGAGAUGGAUGGCGUGUGUAACUUCCUGCAUGGCCGUGUGCUCGCCCAGGAGAAGACCCAGCUCUACCAGCUGUCAGCCUGCUUCAACGCCUUCCGCAGUGUGGCGUUCCGCAGCGUGAGCUGCUGUGAGCCGGAGCAGGGCAGCAGCCAGCAGCUCAAGACUCUGCUGGGGGAAUACUUCAACAGGAGGAGGGAGAUGGACCUCACCCUGCAGGUUGCUGAUGAGCUGGAGGCCAGCAAUCACAAGUUGCAGGACUGGGAGGAGCAGAUCAGAGCUGACAUCCGGAGUUUUCUGGCCAAUCGGAGCGAUGAGAAGUUCUCAGGGAGAGCCGUGGCCAGAAUCCUGCACGGGAUUGGAAGUCCCUGUUACCCUGCCCAGGUGUACGGCAGGGACCGACGCUAUUGGAGGAAGUACAUUCAGUUUGACUUCAAUGAGCUCAUUCGAAUGGCAACCCAGGAGAUCAUUCGAUUUAAAUGAUCUAUAGGACUGACCUCUCCGUUUACUCUGCGUUUCUGUUGCCUGGUAGAAGUGCCUUGUCUCUUACUAUUCCAUCCGAUGGCAUUAUUUUAUGUAAAAAAAGAAAAAAGAAGAUUUGAAGAAAUUUGCUGUAUGUUUCAUGAACCAUUUAUAAAUAAAUAAAUAAAUAUUUUUCUGUAA